CUUCCUAUUUCCUGGUUUAGCAGCAGUUUAUGGAAACGUCUUCGAUGUGUGAAUGAAAUCUGCUUCCAUCCACCAUCUGUCAUAAGGGAGGAAAUACUAAGAAGAAAUUGGAAGAAUAUUCAUCUUCAUGCUUGACAUCGCCUGAGGUUUCCCCCAUGAAUUCGUUUCCAGCAACUGUCGCUGAUUAAAGAACAUUUAUUCAAUGAGGGAAGUCCUGGCCCAGACCUCCUUCAUAUAAUGGAUAAUAAAUAAGACCGCUCGACCAGGCAGGAGGGAGAGCCACACGACGGUCUCUGGGAUCUUCCAGCGGAUCCCAAAACCUUCUGUUUCCGUGAUGAAUGAAGAAGAGGAUGAACCUCAGUCUUCAAGAAUCAAUCAAAGUAAAAUAGAAAACAGUAGAGGCAGACUUUCCAGCCAGCAGCACAGCUAAACGGUUGAACACAUACAACCCAAUGAUGACUGAAGCCAGUAAUGGUGGUGAUAAUGACCUUUGGCAGAAACCUUUGUCAGACUCUGGAUCAGAAACUGAAGGCAGUGAUGAUCUAUGUGACGAGAGCAGAGCCCCUGAAUCAGGGUUAAAUCAUGUGGGAUGCCUGGAAUGUGGAAAAUUUCUCCACAGGAACUCGAUUCAGAGACACAUGAAGAUCCAUACAGGACAGAAACCAUUUGCCUGUGAUGUUUGUGAAAAAAGGUUUAAUCAAGAGUGGCAUCUUAUAAGACACGUGAGAAUCCACACGGGAGAAAAGCCGUUUGGUUGUGACGUUUGUGGAAAAAUGUUUCACCAAAACACGUAUCUUAAAACGCAUAUGAGAAUCCACACGGGAGAAAAGCCGUUUGGUUGUGAUGUUUGUGGGAAAAGGUUUACCCAAGAAACAAACCUCACGACACAUAUGAGGAGUCACACUGGAGAGAAACGAUUUGCCUGUGACGUUUGUGGUAAAAUAUUCGGACAUAAGAUUACUCUUGGCAGGCACAUGAGAAUCCACACCGGAGAGAAGCCGUUCAGCUGCGACGUUUGUAGGAAAAAGUUUAGCUAUGAGAUGAAUCUUAGCAGGCACAAGAGAAUUCACGCUGCAGAGAAACUGUUUGGUUGUGAAGUCUGUAAAAAAAGAUUUAACUAUAAGACGCAUCUUAAAACACACAUGAGAAUUCAUACCGGGGAGAAACCGUUUGGCUGUAAUGUUUGUGGAAAAAAGUUUAACCAAGACGCAAAUCUAAUAACGCAUAUGAAAAUUCACACUGGAGAGAAACCUUUCGCCUGUGAUGUUUGUGGAAGAAGAUUCAACUCUAAGAUGAAUUUUAGGCGGCACGUGCGAAUUCACAGUGGCGAGAAACAGGCAUUUGUACAAAAUGAUUUAACAGCAGUGCUGAUGCAACACGUAUGAGAAUCCCCACUGAGAAGAGAAAGCAUGGUUAAUGUUUUAGAGGAAAGUCUUUCUGCUGCUGGAGCCAUAUGAAUGUAGUGAACUGAUGAUUGUCAGCUUAGUUUAUCUGUAAAAGCUGUAAGAAAUUCUCUGUUUCUGUACAGGUGUAGCAGUUGGUUGUCUGGUCUUAGGUUGGAUUAAAGGUCGUUGCUUCUAUCUACUCUAUCCUUGUCUCUGCUUCCUUUUUUACACUUUCCUUUUUACUUCUCUC